CACAAUGUCUUGGCAGGCGGCUAAAAAUCGCGCUCUCUCUCCCCCGGCCUCCGCAAGACGCGAUUUAGCAUCACACCCAUGUCGCUCACACCCAUUUGCAGCCCAACGACGGCUUCGACGCAACGGUACCUUGCGCCGCCACUGAUCAUCCUGUGCUGCUGCUGAGUUGUUAGCUCGUCAGGUCCGGACGCCUCCGAAGCGACACAGAGUUCAAGCUACCCCGCGAUGCGCGAUCGAAGGACAGGUUCCACCCCACACGAUGCGCUACGGGCACCAGAAGAGUGGUUGACGGUGAGAGGGGGUGAGAAAGAGUAGGGGAGCUCUCAGUACGGGCCAAUUCUGUGCCCCAUUACAAAAGGCAGACGCCUCAAGGAGCAAUUACCACCCUUUUCCCCUCACUCACACCCCUCCUCGCCACCAUGUCCUCCGUCAAGACAUCUGUACGCGAUCUCUUCCGAUGGCGUCAACGCCAGGUCGAAGUCGACGAGCACGGCUUCGAGCACGUCACGUACGUCAACCCGCCUAAGCCUGCCAACCCUAUCAAGCUGCUGCGCUCCAUCUCCAUGCUGGGCUGGGGUGCCUACCUCGUCGGCUUCUUCUGCUGGACGGCCGACGCGUACGACUUCCACGCUCUCUCCAUUCAGAGUGUCAAGCUGUCAAAGCACUUUGCAACCUCCAAAACGGAGAUCUCGACUGCCAUCACCCUCACUCUUCUGCUCCGCUCCGUAGGCGCUGCCAUCUUUGGUGUCUUCAGCGACUACUUUGGGCGCAAGUAUCCCCUCGCCAUCAACAUGUGGAUCCUCGGUGCCCUCCAGGUUGGCUCCAUCUACGCUCCAGACUGGCAUACCUUCCUCGCCAUCCGCGCUCUCUUCGGUCUGGGCAUGGGCGGUGUUUACGGUGCUGCAGCUUCCAUGGCCCUCGAGACCAUCCCCGCCGAGGCUCGUGGUCUCAUGUCCGGUAUCUUCCAGCAAGGCUACUCAUUCGGCUACGUUUUGGCGGCCUGCUCGUUCCUCGGUGUCGGCGGAGCUGUAGAGACUUGGACGACGAUGUUCUGGAUCGGCGCUGCCCUCAGCUUCGCCGCUGGCUUCGCUCGCCUUGUUUUCCCCGAGUCUCAGCAAUUCAUCGACGCUCGCAAGGACAAGAAGGGCUCGGGCACGUCGGACUUCAUGGCCAACUUCUGGAUCAUGCUCAAGAAGGAGUGGAAGGUGUGCGUGUACGCCAUCGUGCUCAUGUCUUGGUUCAACUGGUUCUCGCACUCUUCUCAAGACUCUUACACGACGUUCAUGCUCGUGGGCAAGAAGCUGAGCAACCCGGCCUCGUCGCGCGCGUCGAUCCUCAUGAAGACGGGCGCAUGCGUCGGCGGCACCAUCAUCGGCUACACCUCGCAAUGGCUCGGCCGUAGGCGCGCAAUGAUCCUCUCCUGCUUCUUCUGCUGCUGCCUCAUUCCCGCCUGGAUCCUUCCCACAUCGGAGUCUGGACUCGAGGCUGGCGGAUUUAUGCUCCAAUUCUUCGUACAGGGAGCAUGGGGCGUCGUACCCGUCUACCUGAGCGAAGUAUCACCUCCAGCGUUCAGGGCCAUCUUCGUUGGCCUCACCUAUCAAUUGGGCAACGCUAUUAGCUCGCCAUCUACGCAACUUAUCAACUAUUUGAGCGAGAACAACUACAUUACCAACCAUUUGGGCGAGCGCGUACAGGCCUACGGUCCCGUCAUGGGCAUCGCGACCGCGAUCAUCGCCAUCGGCCUCGCGCUCACGGCUGCCGUCGGACCGGAGAAGCGGGGCGCCCUCUUUGAGAAGGGAGCCGCUGCUACAGUGGCUGGUGCCGGAGAACAGGAGGUCCAGACCAAGGAGGAAGAGAAGCUCGCCGCCGCUCGUGGCGCUGACCAUGUCACGUCGCAGGCUGAGUCGGACGAGGACGGCAAGAAGGAGGGGGGAGCCACGAUGACCUACACCACGACGCGCUGAUCGUGUGCGGAGGAUGAGACUGCACGAGGGCUUCACUACGAUUGACUACGAUUUGUUCUGUAUCCAUUGCGAUUCAUUCGACGCGUCCAGAAUGUAAAGUGGUAUAUGAGCUU